AUGAGUCGACUACCGCUGAUAUUAUGGAGGCGUAGGCUCUGCCAAGUCCGUAAUUUGUCUAGGGAAGAAUUUCGACCUGUGAUUGGAUUAGAGGUGCACGUACAACUGAAUACUCGAACAAAAUUGUUUUCUUCUGUCGCAGUUGUUGAUGAUGCUGCACCAAAUACGCAAGUUGCAGCAUUGGACAUGUCCACUCCAGGAACGUUGCCAACACUUAAUAAAGCGUGUGUCAUGCAUGCUCUCCGAUUGGGAAUUUUGUUAAACUGCGAGAUUCCAUCCAAAUGUCGGUUCGACCGGAAACACUACUUCUAUGCUGAUAUGCCAGCUGGGUACCAAAUAACCCAAAACGAACAACCUGUCGCAAGAAAUGGAAAGUUUCGAUUUUCAGUUUAUGGAGAGGACAUACAGCCGUACACAAAAGAGGUUGGCAUAAUUCAACUACAAUUAGAGCAGGACAGCGGUAAAUCGAUCCAUUGUGGCCCUAUUUCACUUAUUGAUCUCAAUCGUGCAGGUGUACCGCUAGUAGAAGUCGUGAGUACUCCGGACUUUUCUACAGCGUUGGAAGCGAUGUGUUUUGUACAGCAACUUCGUCUACUUUUGAUGCAUUACGGUAUAUGCAAAGGAGAAAUGCAUAGGGGCCACCUUCGAGUUGACGCGAAUGUCUCGCUGACCCAUCUAGGGAAGAAAGGAGUUCGAACAGAGAUAAAGAAUAUGAACAGUUUGCGCCAUCUUCACACAGCCAUAAACUUUGAAAUUGAUCGUCACUACAAAGUGAUUUCCAAUGGAGGUACGAUAGUGAAUGAAACAAGAAUGUGCGAUGAACAUGGGCGUACUGUUUCUAUGCGUGAUAAAGAAGUGAAAACAGACUAUCGUUUUAUGCCAGAACCAAAUCUGCCAACGCUUAAGAUCCAUCCCGAGUGGAUAUCGGAAUGCGCUCAGUCCGUGUCGACUUCCAUUCCCAGCUUCAUGGAAUAUCAAAAUUUAGGGAUUGAACCAAAAAGAGCUAUUUAUUAUGCUGAAAGCCCUUCUUUGUCAAGAUUCGUGGAUUUGUGUGCUAAUCGAAUACCCACUGUUGGAGCGGAAAACUUCGUGAAUUGGCUGAAUGACCUGAAAUUGAUUAUGCAGAGAAGUAAAGCGACAUAUCCUCCUGAAAACCCCGAAUUUGCAAAGCAAUUCAUGUCGAUUGUAGAAUUUUACGUUAAUGGACGAAUAACAAAGCUUGGAGCAUUGGAGGCGCUUCGCCUAUUUGUGACAGAUGUCCAGGAUGCGGAGAAGUACUUUGAAGAGAAGAAUGCUUGGCGGAUAAGCGACAAACGAACGAUCCAAUCCAUAUUGGAAGAAAUUUUGAAAAAGAAUGGGAAACUACUUGAAAAAGCUGCGGCAGGACAUGCAAAAUCUUUGUCGAAGUUGAGAAAGCAGCUAGUUGACGAUUCCCAGAGAAGAAUUGAUGUGGAGGAUGCCGAGAGGGCUAUUCGUGAGAAAAUAAGUAAAUUGAAGAGUGAAGAAGAAAAAAAUGUGUCUGGAUAG